UGUUGUAUACAAAGAUUGACAAUAGGAAUUCGCUAAAAUGAAGGCUGUUAAAAGUGUUAAUCUUGGAGGAUGGCUUGUUACUGAAGGAUGGAUCAUACCUUCUCUUUUUGAUGGCAUUCCUAACAAUGACUUGCUGGAUGGAACACAAAUUCAGCUAAAAUCAGUGACAAAUGGAAAGUAUGUAUGCGCUGAGAAUGGUGGAGGGAGCAUCUUAGUUGCUAAUAGAACUUCUGCUUCUGCUUGGGAAACCUUCAAGUUAUGGAGAAUCGACGAAAACACAUUCAAUUUCCGGGUGUUCAACAAUCAGUUUGCAGGAGUGCAGGCCGGUGGAGACAACCCAUCAGUGGUUACAGAGGCUAGCACCCCUGGAGAUUCUGAAACAUUUAAGAUUGUCAGAAAUUCUGAUGACCAAAACCAUAUUCGAAUUCAAGCUCCAAGUGGUCUUUUUCUGCAGGCAAAGACAGAAGAUCUGGUCACUGCAGAUUAUGAAAGGGAUGGUGGAUGGGGAGAUGAUAACCCAUCCGUUUUUGUGAUGUCUAUAGGAAGAACCUUUCACGGCGAAUUCCAAGUUACUAAUGGUUAUGGCCCGGAAAAAGCCCUGGAGGUUAUGAGGGAACACUGGAACACAUUCAUCGUUGAGGAGGAUUUCAAGUUCAUUUCUCAGAAUGGACUCAAUGCUGUUAGAAUUCCUGUAGGAUGGUGGAUAGCCAGUGACCCGACACCCCCUAAGCCUUUCGUGGGAGGAUCAUUGCAGGCCUUGGACAAUGCCUUCACUUGGGCAGAAAAAUAUGAUAUCCAGGUUAUAAUAGACCUGCACGCAGUACCCGGGUCACAAAAUGGGAACGAACACAGUGGAACUAGAGAUGGAUCUAUUGAAUGGGGAAAAACUGAUGAUACUGUACAGCAGAGUGUCGCUGCUAUCGACUUCUUAGCUUCCAGAUAUGCAAAACAAUCUAGCUUGUUAGCAGUUGAGCUACUCAACGAGCCCAGAGCGCCUGAUGUGAAUUUGGAGACUUUAAAGAAGUACUAUCAGGAAGGAUAUGAUACAGUGCGCAAGUACUCUUCAAGCGCGUAUGUUAUAAUGUCCAAUCGCUUAGGACCUAUGGAUCAGGAGUUGUUUCCCCUUGCUAGUGGAUUGCAGUUAACAGUAAUUGAUGUCCAUUAUUACAACCUCUUCUCCAGCAUAUUCGAUAGCAUGAGUGUCCAACAGAACAUAGACCACAUCAACAACAUGUCAUCGGAUUUGAGUUACAUUACAACCUCCGAUGGCCCCCUCACUUUUGUUGGAGAAUGGGUUGCUGAGUGGCAGGUAAAAGGAGCAACAAAGGAGGAUUAUCAAAACUUUGCAAAUGCACAACUUCAAGUGUAUGGCCGUGCAACCUUUGGAUGGGCUUACUGGACAUACAAGAAUGUGAACAACUAUUGGAGUCUUCAGUGGAUGAUUCAAAAUGGUUAUAUCACACUAACUAGUAGUUAGUAUAUUAGCCGACUUUGGCUAUCCUUUUAAGUUUAAGGCUUUGGUGUUGUUGUACACAUCCGUACUAGAUAUGAAGAUCACUGGUUACCUUAACUUUAUGGGAUUACAACUUUGGUAUAAAAUAAUGUAAACCUAAGACUUUAUAUAAUUGACACGUGUGUAGUGUGGGGUCCACUAACGGUUUUUUUGGAUGGCAAAAUUAAGCGGUGGUGAAAUCCAAUUUUUGAAUUU